AUGGGCAGCGGGCAGUUCCAUGGUAUGGGAGGUUGGGGAGAACCUGGAAGCUCAGUCGUCCAGCAGUCCUGGAUUCCGGAAAGGUUCUGCCCUCUUUUGCAAUCGCCGGGUUAUCUGGGUUCCAAACAAGUUUCCCAAAACCUUCAAAGAACUGCUCCAGACCCCAGGAUCCCGUCGUUCCGAGUGGGGCUCGGGGUGACGCCCCCUCUCCCUCCUCCCAGCGGCGCGCUCUUCCCCGCCUUGCUCGGUGGGAGGGUUCGAGCCCGCUCUGCUCGGCUGUCAGGCGCUGCCCCCUCGACUCCCACCGGCAUGUCCCGGGCCGGGCGACCCGUGCUCCUGCUGCAGCUGCUCGGCAUCGCCGCCGCCGUCGUCGCGGACUGUCCUUCAACCACAUGGAUUCAGUUCCAAGACAGUUGUUACCUUUUUAUUCAAGAAGCUGUAAAAAUAGAAAGCAUAGAGGACGUCAGAAGUCAAUGCACUGCCCAUGGAGCAGACAUGGUGAGCAUACAUAAUGAAGCAGAAAAUACUUUUAUAUUGGAUACUUUGAAAAACCAAUGGAAAGGCACUGAUGAUAUUCUACUGGGCAUGUUUUUUGACACAGAUGAUGCAAGUUUCAAGUGGUUCGAUAACUCAAAUGUGACAUUUGAUAAGUGGACAGAUCAAGAAGAUGGUGAAGAUCUGGUUGACACCUGUGCCUUUUUGCACACCAAGACAGGUGAAUGGAAAAAGGGCAAUUGUGAAGUUUCAUCUCUAGAAGGAACCCUUUGCAAAACAGCGAGCCCAUAUGAAACAAAGUAUUUAUCAGAUAACCAUAUUUUAAUAUCAGCCUUGGUGAUUGCUAGCACAGUAAUUUUGACAGUUCUGGGAGCAAUUAUUUGGUUCCUGUACAAAAGAAAUUUGGAUUCUGGCUACACCACAGUUUUUUCAACUGCAUCUCAAUCACCUUAUAAUGAUGACUGUGUUUUAGUAAUUGCAGAGGAAAAUGAGUAUGCUGUUCAAUUUGACUAAGAUUUCUGAAUUCUUGAGUGUUUCCCAUGCAAGACUUUAUUAUAAUACAGCUUUUAUGUAUAUCUUAGUAACAUUAUGACAAAAAACGUUUAGCUUUAUUAUAAAUAUAAAACUUAUCAAAGAAGUCGUAUUUUAACUAUUUCCCUGACUCGCUCACCUGACGCUUAAAUCAAAUAGAAAUAAAACCUAAUCUAUUUGUCUUA